CCUCCUUAUCCUCCCAGUGACUCACCCUCCGCUCCUCCGCUCCCCCUUUAUAGUUCGAUCCUCCAUCGCCAAAGCACCAGCACAACCGAUCGCUCAUCUCAGAUCGCCUGCUGCUUCUCUCCUUCCUUCCUUGGUUUGGUCUGCUCUGCUCUGAUUGGCAUGGCGACCCAGAUGGACGCGUACGUGAUGUUCCGCCGCGCCGCGGAGAUGAUGAUGGUGGCGCCGCCCGGGGCCGCCUACGACGAGCAGGACGAGGACAUCGGCUCCGCGUCCGACUCCGAGUGCACGUCGACGUCCUCCUCCUCCGACCUCGCCGACGACGCCAGCUCCUCGUCGUCCUCCUCCAGCUCCGGCGACCACUUCGAGAUGUCCGCCCUCAUGACGCAGCUCCCCAUCAAGAGGGGAUUGUCCAUGUUCUUCGACGGCAAGUCGCAGUCGUUCGCGUCGCUGGCGGCCGUGGCCUCCCUGGAGGAUCUGGCCAAGCCGACCAAGAAGCGCCUCAAGCCGUCGCGGAGCUGCGAGGGCGGCCUGGACGCGCACCGUGGCAGGUUCCUCUCGCCGCGCCGGCAUUGUCCCAAGGCCGCCGCCGCAAGGAAGGCGUCCGCGAGGGCCGCCCUCUCGGUGCUCGGCACCUCGCCAAGGACGGCGAGGCUGGCCGCCAACUCCCUCAUCUUUAGCUAGGUUCUGUUCCACUAUUAGGUGUUCAGUGUUCUUCGUAGAGGGAGGUUGUAUUAGGAACCCAUGGCUGAAUUAGAAUGGUUAUUACUUCAAUGGAAAUACCAUCCACAUUCAGCACAUUUGAAUCUGAGAAGUUGGAUUUUCAACACCA